CACAACUCGUUCCAGCGUCGUACGCGGAACCCAGAACGGGCAUCCUCCUCGGCUCCAAGCAGCAAUGGAGGACAGGAGGACCCAAGAAGCGGCGGCGGAGGACAAGGAGAACCCCUCGUCGGCGUUGUCCCUGAGGAGCCCCGGGGACUACGCCGUCGGCUCCGUCCCCACAGUCCUCUACGUGCCGGACUUCAUCUCCCAAACGGAGCAGUCCCAGCUCCUCCACCAUAUUUACCAGGCGCCGGCGCCCAAGUGGAAGACUUUGAAGAACCGGAGACUGCAGAACUGGGGAGGAGUGGUGCAUGAGAAGGGUCUACUACCGCAGGCAUUGCCUCCAUGGCUAAUAAAGAUAACCAACAGAAUCUCCCAAUGGACUGGUUUAUUUCCUUCAGCAAUCAAUCAUGUGCUGAUAAAUGAGUAUCAUCCUAAUCAAGGGAUCAUGCCACACCAAGAUGGUCCUGCCUAUUUCCCUGUUGUUGCUAUCAUAUCCCUUGCUUCACCAGUUGUGAUUGAUUUCAUACCACACGGGAAGCUCAGAGGGCAGGAACAUACAGAUACCCCAAACAUACACUCUGAUGAAUUGGAGGAGUGCAAUGAUUCCCAUGAGGUUGAAGGCGCAAAGGAAGCUGCUCCUGUGUCUUCAUCAAUUGCACUGAUGCCCUGCAGCCUGUUGAUAUUCAAAGAUCAGGCUUAUACAGACUACCUGCACGGCAUACAAGAUAACGAGCUACAUAAUCUAGACAAGGUUGCAAAUAUCUCACAGUGCCCAGAAUUCAAGAAUUUAAGCUCUGACUACAGUCAAAGGAAUGCAGAGGAGCCUGCUGGCCCUGAGCGAAGUGGCACCUUCCGCAGGACCAUGACAAGAGUCUCGUUGACGUGCCGGCUAGUGCUGAAAGUACACAAUAAGCUGUUCAAAUUCUAGUAUCCAUAGGUCUGUUACAUCGGCAUGGAGACAGUAGAACAACAGUGAGAAACAAUUGGAGUAGGUAAAGAGAACUAUUAUAAGAGCUAGCUAGCUAAUCAGAGGACGAGAGAGACAGGCCAUUUGCCAAGAUUCUAAGAGUCUUCGUUUGGCUGGUAAAUUCUUUGAUCGUUUAGCAUGCCAAGAUGUAAAAUCAAGACGCAUCUCGGCAACGGGCAGAUGGAGGUUAGUUGUGCUUGCGAUUUAUGGAAGGUCAUAUAUAUGUUUAUUCUUGAUGUGGUAGAUACCAUGACUUGUCAAGUCAAUGUUAAAAAUGUUUAUCCGAGGUCAUAUAUAUGUUACAGUAGUUCUUGAUGUGGUAGAUACCAUGAUCAAAUCAAUGUUGAAGCAACACACCUUUUUGUAAUAUAAAUUGCAUGAAAGCAUAGAUGAUUGAGACCAUGAUUUUAUUCAUUCC